UUCACCGGAGUCUGUUUCAGUCAGUGGUAUAACGCUAUCUAGAGCGGACAUUGGUGCCACCAUGGACAUGAAGGAUUCUCUGGUUAAGGGCGGUGUGCUGAUUGCACACAAGAUCCAUGAGGGAAAGCAUCAAUAUGUAGUGGAGAAUGUGGUGAAGUACAAAAUGGAGAAUGAAGGAAAACUUUAUGUCAGAAAAGGAGACAAGCUUCUGCAGAUAAAUGGCAUGGACCUGAAUGAUCUUACACCUGAGGAGCUGGCAAAGAUGAUAGCUGAGGGGAGUCCAAUGCUGACAGUGUGCAAACCAGCCAAGGAAGAGGACCACACUGAGCAGACAUCCCUGACUGAAGACACUUUACAACCAGUCUCUAAAGAGCCCACACUCAUCAGCUUUAGCUGGGAGAUGACAAGGGAGGAUGACCUGGAGGGAACUGUAGUGGAGCCGCAGGAAAAAGAAAAGGAGACGGGGAAUAUUGAAGAGGAUCUUUGCCAAGCGAAAACUGAGGAGAAUGAGAUGUUUGUUGUUGAGAUGACAAAAACUAGCAUCUCUCUGGUGAGAGGCAGGGGCUGUGAUAAGACAGGAUGUUCAUUUAAUGACAUCAUCAUGGUGGCAGAAUCCAGCACGGUGACGCUCGUUCCGAGAGGAGGCGGCAGUUUCCGGCAGGAAAAGUUGUCGAAUGUUUUAAUUGAAAAUCUGGCCACUCGCCAAUACCUCCGAGGUAUCUGUUCUGAGAAGAUCGUCUAUGCUUCUCCAAAUCCAGAGAAAAUUACUAUCUACUACUACAAGUCAAGCGGUUUCAGAAGGGGUUCCAGUGGGAUGCCAGUGGUGCUAAACCUCACCGAUUCCAACUGCUUCCUCAUGUGCUGCAAGCAAGCGGACAGGGUGUUCCUUAAAGUGGAGACAUGUGAGAAGCAGAGGCUGAAGCAGAUCUCCAAGAGCGAUGAGAGUACCCUCUCCUUUGUGUUUUACAUGAAGGGUGACUCAGCGAGACGACGGAGAUUUGAGUCAGCAUUGUAUAGCGGUUGGUUCAUCAACGUUUGCAACACAGACACAGUGGGCGUGGCAACCCUGGAUGGACAUACAGUGGAUCAGUCCUUCCUCUUCAUCAUUCAAAAGUGACGGAGAGUCAUUUUCCUCUGCAUUUUCAGGACUCAGAAAAGUCAGUUACAUUUUUAAAAAAAAUUCUUGUAAAUAUUUCGUGUGACCUGGUUCAACAACACAAACCAACAUCCAUGUUUCAAAUUCUGCUGCUGCAGAAAUCCAUAGUUCUCUAACUCUUUAAGGCUAUGCCUUUACACAGCUGUCAUUCCACAUGUCCCUACCUGAGAGAUGACGUGGAAAAUGAUCUCAGACACCAACUGUAGUGUUACGCUUUCAUUUUUUACUUGCCUCAGUGACCUUACCCCAAGUGAUGAAUGGGUCAUCCUUCUUGUACCCAGGCUCUGCUUCCUCUACAGAAGGUAAGUCUGUGGGAUUGAGGAGAUCCUCAAAGUAUUCCUUCCGCCAUCUGACUUACAUCCUCAGUUGAAACUGGCAGCACCCGUACCACAAACCGCAAGUUUCUGAGUUGCCUGAAGAUUUGCUAGAAUCACUUUGAGGCUGACUGAAAGUCUUAAUGCAUGCUCUCACCAAACACAUUCAAGUUUUUGAUUCAGAGCCACACUUCUUUUUUGAAUUCAUAUUGUAUAAUCUAUAUGUUUGAUACAA